AGGUCACAUCAGCCCGCCUAUCAGCAGCCGGUGGGACCGGACAUAAAAAGUUGGGACGGUGCCGUGGAAGCGGUAGAACCCUGCGGACAUCAGUGUUGCUCAGACCGUUUCCAAGAAGACUUAAUCAGCCGAAGACUAUCUUACUAGCACACAACCAGAAACAGCCAUGAGGAGUUUCAUGCAAGGAAUCUUCAUCCUUUCUGCUCUCUGCUGCUCCCUAGCGGACAACGUGGAGGUACUUCGCACCAAGCGAGGGACCCGUUUUUACAGAGGUGAGCCUGCCAGGCAGCCAGCUAGACGGACGCUGUUGAUAGUUCAGCUCAAGAAGCCUUCACCUUCCUAUGAAACAUCCUUACUGUGUGUGGAUAGUGAAACAUCAGCAGUGCAUAGUUUUGGUGACUCUUGGCUCCGCUGGAAAGGACAGCGUGUGGAGUAUUGCCACUGCCCAUUAGGAGGAAGAGAGCGUUGUCAUGUUGUGCCUGUCAUCAACUGCUACGUGUCCCAGUGCUACAACGGGGGAACCUGUAAGGAGGCCGUCUACUCAUCGGACUACAUUUGUCAGUGUCCCCCUGGCUUCAGUGGAACUCAGUGUGAGAUUAACACCAAUGAAAAAUGCAUCGUGGGGCGGGGUAAAGGCUACCGUGGGACCAGGAGCAUCAGUCAGACCGGAGCAGAGUGCAUCAACUGGAAUUCAACAACUCUCAGAGGAAGAAGGUUCACAGCUCGGAAAUCAGACGCCAGGAGCCUUGGGCUCGGGAAUCACAACUUCUGCAGGAACCCCGACCAGGACAGCUUGCCGUGGUGUUUUAUAUAUAAAGGCACACAGAUAGGAUGGGAAUACUGCUCCUUGCCCAAAUGUCCUCAAGAUAACAACAGAGAGUGUGCGGUGGGAUUAGGUCAGAAUUACAGAGGCACAGCUUCUGUCACCAAUAGCGGCUCCACUUGUUUACCGUGGGACUCCCCUGUUGUCAGACGUAAGCUGAACAAUGCUUGGAGAUCCAAUGCCUUAGAAUUGGGGCUUAGCAACCACAAUUUCUGCAGGAAUCCAGAUGGCGACGAGGCUCCUUGGUGUCACACCUACAAAAACAUGCUGCUGACCUGGGAGCAUUGUGACAUACCUAAAUGUUCAAAACGUCCGUCCGUUAUUACCACUCCUGGCAUACGUGCUCCAACUACUAAUAACAACAAUGGAGCGACGUGUGGCAAGCGCUUGGAUAACACCUUAAAUCGUCGGGCUUUCCGCAUGUUCGGAGGCAGAUAUAGCGACAUCACAGAGCAGCCAUGGCAGGCUCUCAUCAAUGUUUACCAGGCCCGCCUCAGGAAACACUUCCACCGCUGCGGAGGAGUCCUUAUCGACUCCUGCUGGGUUCUGUCUGCCGCACACUGCUUCGAAAUCAGUGACAAAGCAGACAAGUUGGAAGUCGUUUUGGGAAGAACGUUCCGGAAGCAGAAUUCCAGCAGUGAGCAGAUUUUUAAGGUGGAGAAGUACUGGAUCCAUGAGAAAUUUAACAACGAAACAUUUGACAAUGACAUUGCUAUUUUAAAGCUUCAGACGGACAUUGGCAUAUGCGCUGUGGACUCUCCAGAGGUUCAUCCAGCUUGUCUGCCGGAAAGUGGGCUGGUGCUGCCCGAUUGGACCGAGUGCGAGAUCUCAGGCUAUGGAAAAAACUCUGAAUUUUCUGAUGAAUACUCGGAGCAAGUUAAAAGAGGACAUGUGCGCCUUUGGCCCAAAGAGCGCUGCGUUCCAGAGGUGCUGUCUGGACGGACCGUUACCUCCAAUAUGCUGUGUGCAGGUGACACCAGAGGGCUUGAUGAUGCCUGCAAGGGAGACUCCGGCGGCCCUCUCGUGUGCCGAAACAAGGACAGGAUGACUCUAAUGGGCGUGAUUAGCUGGGGAGAUGGGUGCGGGCAGAAGGAUAAGCCAGGGGUCUACACACGCGUCUCCCAUUACAUCGACUGGAUCAACGGCAUAAUUAAAGUAAACCCUGUGUAAAGUCAGAGAAACUGUGAACAAAAGUGUUGAAUGACUAAUAAUCACAGUGGACAAGAGGUUUAUCAUGAAGA